AUGGUCGAGAAAUCAAUGAGUUGGGUGUUCAAUGGAGUAACACCAACAGGCAUAGAAUGGACCAGUGCAGAAGAGUUGACCAUAGUUGACCGCUGUGUGGAAAAUGACAGAGUUGGAAUAGUAGGCAGAACUGGAGCAGGCAAGUCUUCACUGACAUUAGCACUGUUCCGCAUCAUAGAACCAGCUGGUGGCUCAAUUGAGAUUGAUAAUGUCGAUGUAACCAAGCUGGGAUUACAUGUUCUGCGAUCAUGUCUCACUAUCAUCCCUCAAGAUGCAGUUUUAUUUUCUGGGACAUUGCGUCUCAAUCUUGAUCCUUUAAACAAGCAUUCAGAUGAGGAAGUAUGCCAUGCACUUGAACAGGCACAUUUGAAGACUUUUGUGGAAGGUCAUGCUGCAGGCCUCAGUCAUGAGGUUACUGAAGGUGGUGAGAAUCUCAGUGUUGGGCAACGUCAGCUGGUCUGCUUGGCCAGAGCCCUAUUGCGUAAGACAAAAGUGCUGAUUCUAGAUGAGGCUACAGCUGCUGUUGACCUUGAGACUGAUGACUUGAUACAGCAAACAAUACGCACAGAAUUUGAACAGUGCACAGUCCUGACAAUUGCUCAUAGGUUAAACACAAUCAUGGAUUACAACAGAAUUAUUGUGUUAAACAAAGGAAAAGUAGUAGAAUUUGAUUCACCUCAGUCACUGUUGGAGGACAGGACCUCUAUCUUCUACAGCAUGGCCAAGGAUGCAGGCUUAGUGUAACUAAAACAAACAGAAUAUAUAUCAACUAGAAGAGGACAAAAACCAUAUGUUCCUCCAGUUCAAAAAUCCAUCGUAUCCAACUGCUUCUUUCAAGAGAAGCAUGGUUAGCUGUAAACAGUUUAAUGAUUUCCAGAAGAAACUAUGUAUGGACACAAACAUACUUUUUGCCAGUAUUGUGUUUUUGUUCAGGACAUAGAAAACAGUACAAAAUCAAGAAUAACAGAUGCUACUUGACAUCCAUCAUUUAUCUUCAUAAUCGUAAAUGAUUGUUUAAUUUAAUGCUGUACAUGAUAUUUUGAAGCAAGAACUUGCCAAGAUUAUCAAGAAACAAGCUCUUUUUCUCAGCUUCACCGCAGCACAUUUUUUAAUCGCAUUUAACCUUCCAGCACUUGAUAAGCUAUCCAUUUUAGCACAUAUUUUGCAGAGGGAUGUUACUAAUACCAAUAAGUUAAUACAGUAUGUUUCUUGGUGAUCUUGCUUCCAUAGCCAUGUAAACUUUAGGCAUCCUGUGUACAAGAUGCCUAUGUUCAUUUUCUUUUAUAUUAGUGACUCAAUGACUCUUUUGUAACUCACCUCUCAUAAUAUUGGUCCUUGCAGUUUUAAUUCCACCAUGUCUUCUGUUACGGUCUUUUUAUCUGGCACAGGCAAAUAUUACUAUUUUUUAUGAUGACAAUGACAGUGGGAGGUGAUAAAUCAAUUUACUUCCUGCACUUAAAUUGAAAAAUCCAAAGCAUUAAAAUGGCAAUUUGUUGUUUUAUAUUUUUUGAUAGCUAAUUGAUUCAUUCCAUAGUUCAUUGUGGUAAAUAAUAACAACAUUGGAAAGUGUAGCUUCUGAUUUCCAUACUGAUGUUAAACUACAAUGUGAAAGCCUUGUUGCUGGUGGCAGAUGUGAUACAUCAUCCUCUUUUGUGUUUUAUUGUAUUAGUUAUUACAAAAGUACUUAUUUAUUUUGUAUUCAUCCGUGUCAAUUUUGUCAGUGACACAUUACAUCACAGGACAUUUAUGUAAAUGUAUAUGCAUUAUUAACAAUAUUAUGAAAAGGAAAGUUGCCACUCACCAUAUAACGGAGA